AUGGCUGGAGCCACAUUCGCAACUACGAAGACGCCAGGUGGCGUCGUGCGACCCGCGCCUGGACGCGGAUCGCCAGAGCGAGUCCCACCGAUGGAUCGAGCGCCCGCAGUUGUCGGUGUCUCGCCCGCUCGCGAAAGGAUCGAGGCGAAUGACGAUAAGAUCCUCGCCGCCCUCGUCGGCUUGACGGAACGCCUGGCGAAGCUUAAGUCGUCGCAGCGCGUCGCGACGAAGACGAACGGAUGCUCGGCGCUGUUGAAAGUGGCAUGUUCGCUUCCGCCCUUGGCGCAAACAUGCGCGGUCGACCGAUGA